UUUUGUAUAAAAGACUUCACUUCUGUGGAUUUGUCACAUCCAAAAUGGACAGGCAUUUUUUUGUCGCUUGGUUGUUUUUUUCUUCACUACAAGUAUUUGUGGAACCUGCGGCACCUGAGAAUGCCAUCGAAAUCUACAGCCUGCAUGUGGACUGCAAAGUUACCUCACGAUAUGCCCACACAGUAAUCACCAGCAGAGUUGUCAACAGAGCGAAUGAAUCCAAGGAGGCUCUUUUUGAGGUGGAGUUACCCAAGUCCGCUUUCAUCACAAACUUUAGCAUGACCAUAGAUGGAGAAACAUAUCCUGGAAUAAUCAAGGAGAAGAAAUCUGCACAAGAUCAGUAUGACGCUGCGGUUUCACAAGGACAGAGUGCUGGACUGGUCAAAUCAACUGGAAGAAAACUAGAACAGUUUCGUGUUUCAGUCAAUGUUGCAGCUGCUGCCAAAGUUAACUUUGAACUCACAUACGAGGAACUUCUAAAGCGAAAGCUGGGAAAGUACGAACUGCUGAUCAAGGUCAAGCCCAAACAACUUGUUAAACACUUUCAGAUUGACACCCACAUAUUUGAACCACAAGGUAUAAGUGCAUUGGAAACUGAGAGCACUUUCAUCACCAAUGAACUGAACAAUGCUCUAACAAAGGUGCAGAAUGAGACAAAGGCCCACAUUUCAUUUAAACCAACCAUAGAUCAACAAAGAAAAACCCCUGGAGUGGAUGACACACUGCUCGAUGGAGAUUUUCUCAUACGUUAUGAUGUUAAAAGGAGUGAGACUGCAGGUGAUAUACAGAUUGUUAAUGGAUAUUUUGUGCAUUAUUUUGCACCCAGUCAAAUGCCAGCAUUUCCCAAAAACGUGGUCUUUGUCAUAGACACGAGUGGAUCUAUGAGUGGGAAGAAAAUACGGCAGACAAAAGAGGCAAUGAAAAAGAUUUUGGAAGACCUUAAUCCUGAAGAUUACUUUAGCUUAGUUCUCUUUAGUGGAACUGUGAGGUUAUGGACUUCAUCUUUGUUGCAAGCUACAGAGGAGAACGUGGAACGGGCUAAACGACAUGUUGAGACCAUUUCUGCUGGAGGAACAACAGAUAUUAAUGGUGCUCUUCAGAAGGCAAUACACUCACUGGACAAAGACACCACAGCUGAGCUAUUGCCAGACCAAAGCAUUUCCAUGAUAAUUUUGCUGACAGACGGUCAACCUACUACUGGUGAAACAAGCAUUGAUAGGAUUCAAAGAAACAUACAGGAAGCUAAUGAGGGGAAGUACUUCCUCUACUGCCUUGGCUUUGGAUUUGACGUCAGCUACACAUUUUUGGAGAAGAUGGCUUUAGAAAAUGGGGGAGUGGCUCGCCGUAUCUACGAGGACUCAGAUGCAGCCUUGCAGCUCCAGGGCUUUUAUCAAGAGGUAGCUACGCCUAUCCUGAAAGAGAUUGAAAUGAAGUACCCAGACAAUGCCGUACUGGAAAUAACUCAGAAUAAUUUCAAGUUGCUCUUUGAUGGCUCUGAAAUUGUUGUAGCUGGAAAGCUUAGCAAUGAUGUUGACGAUCUUCCUGUGGAAAUUAAGGCUAAAGGACAUGCCAGUGAAAUUACUCUUAAAGAAGAAGCAAAUAUAAGAGAAAAGGAGCAAGUAUUUCAGCAUCAGAAAUACAUCUUCGGCAAUUUCAUUGAGAGAUUAUGGGCCUACUUGACAAUUCAACAGCUACUAGAAAAAUCUGCUUCAGCUGAUGGAGAACAGCGGGAAAACCUGGAAGCUCAAGUUUUGAACAUCUCCUUGAAGUUUGGAUUUGUUACACCCCUCACUUCCAUGGUAGUCACCAAACCUGAUGCUCAAGAGGUGGCAAACAAGCCUACAGAGGCAGAUAAUGAGAAUGUAAACACUGCUGCAGAUCGAACGUUUGGCAUGAAGAAAGCUUCUAGAAUCGUAGGAGGUAGCGAUCCUCUUGACAACUCCGGGAGUUAUGUAAGAACAUCUUGGUCAGCACAAAUAGAUACCAGUUUCAAUUUCCAUCCACAAUUUCUAACCGAUUCUCAAGAUACCGAUUAUGCGGAUUAUUCAUACACGUUGCUGGGGAGUCACCCUGGCAACGUUCAGUCUCUCCCAGACGCUGUUAAUGAGUAUCCAAGUUUCAUUCUUCAACUGACUCAUGAAAAAAAUCCCAUUUGUUUAAAUAUCAAUGGACAGUUGCAAACACCCAUAACCCUGCUAACUGAUACAGACAAAGGGAUCCAAGUGACUGGUAAGCUUGGAGAAAACAGAAAGUUUGUGGAGUUCAAUGUAAUCUAUCAGACACCCAAUGUGCAAAUCAACGUGUCAAUGGGAGAAAUUAUACUGAAUGAUCAGGGCAAUGUGAGCUCUUUCCGAUGGACAAAGGCUGCAUCUUUAACAACUAGAGGGUUGAGCUUUCUUAUUGAAAAGGAAAGGAGUCUUUCACUAUCAGGACCAGAUGGUAUCACAAUACAAGUUUACUAUAUGAAGAACCCUCUUAAUUUCCUUGGAUUGCACUUCAAGAAUAGUGAACUUUUUUCUAACAACAUUGCUGGACUUUUUGGUCAGUUUUACUCUAAUAAACAUCUUCAAAGACACAGCAAUAGAAAGAAGAUGUUGACUGUACGAGGACAAUCGUAUAGUUUCACAAGGCAAAACAAGAAAGAUUACAGGAUUGAACAGGGAGCCAAUGUCAAUUUUACCUGCUGGUUACUGGAUAUAACUCCUUGAAGAACAGCAUUUAAAGCAGUAAAAAUGUCCAUCUUUUGUAUUAAGUGUAACUAUUACAUUUCAUUUCAGUGAUAACUAUUAAAAUUGUAAAUGUUUAAUGCAGAAUUUUAAAUGUGGAGCCAUUAAAUCUAAUCAUCUAAUUGGACAAAUUUCAGGGCAGGCUUUUGUUUUGUUUUUUGCUAAUUUGGCAACACUGACAAGGAACAAAAAAUUAUCAUUUAUGGUUACUAAAAUGGAGGGAACCAGUUUGACAAAGACACUGUGUGGGGUGGGGUUGUACACGAUCUAUAAUACAGUUACUAAAAAUAUUCUGAAA